CGCAUACUGAAGUUUGAGAAAUUGACGGCGCACCGGCGUCAUCAGUGCAUCGUGCCUUCCUCCAGCAGUGCAGUGGCUUCGGCAAGACCGGCAGCCUCACAAUGGCAACACCCAUUGUACCUGUCAUGUCCUCUAUUUGACCGUCUCGAAUAGUCACAAUGUGCCAGACGAGACUUUGCCACCGUCAAUGUCUCCCAAGCUACCGUCACACAACUGAGCGACUAUCGCGACGAUCUGCUCAUCCACACCAUAUCCUUACAUCAUUGAGACCCCUCCAGGAUAUCAGACCCACCAGACCUGCGAGGCGAUCCAGGCUUCGUUAAUGGCACGGCUCGUCUUGGACGCAGGACAGCAUGGACAUACGGAAGUGGCUAGAUGAUACAGUGCAGCCGGAAGCACCGCGCGAGUCCAAUAACCUUCACCAGGCUGCAGAACCUGCUAAACGGAAGCGUCGCCACAGAUCAGACAGCUCAAUUCUCGACCCUCGUCCGCCUGCAUCCUCUCCGCAUGAGUCAGUGGACGAUAGUGCUGACGAGGCGCUCCAGGCGACAUGUAGCGACAGCUCUAGCAGCAGCCGAUAUGCGCGCAAACCUCGAAGAAAGACGCGUCCAGAGCGGUAUGAACCACAGCAUGCGCCAGGCCCCCAUGCGCAUCGCGACCGUAGAGGCGGAUCAAAGAAAACGCGCAGCAAGCCUCGACGCAAGAAGGGCGAGAAGCCACCUGUUGUCAUGCAGACCUUCCAAGCCAAGAACGUAUCCGGGGAUCGCCUGACUUUGAAGCCACGGGAGCAGCUAGGCCUCUUCAACAAGGGACGGACGUCUACUGCAUUCAUGGGCCGCGGGUUACCCGAUCUAGUUUUCUCGGAGAUGAAAUUCUUGCAGAAGCACAAGGACGAACCAGAGCUUGUCCUUCGAACCGAACCGUCCAAGAAGAAACGCAAGAAGGACAAUGAGCAGAUAAAGGAAGGAGAGAUCUCCGCUUUCUUUACCUCAGCACGACCGGCAUUAUUCGAGAAGAACACAAACACCCUACCGCAGCCUCCCGCACCAAAGACUAAGCGGCGUCGCCAUGAUCGAUCCUCGGUAGAUGAAGUUGCUAUACCUAUAGUUGAGGCUACAGUCCAAGCCCCAUAUCUUGGUUUCGGGAGUAGAGGCCCUCGCCACGAAAGUGAUAGCUACAUUUCCUGGUCAGAGUCAAUCCAAGCACCUAGCACAGCGCCAGCACGCCCGCACAAAUUUCGCAUCCGUCCCAGUUCGCACGAUGUAGACUUUCAUGAUGAGAGUGAAUCCAGACGAGUAAAAGAGAAUGAGCCCUUCAAGGUACCAGCUCGACCUCCUCCUAUGACAAAACGAAGAGUCGAUAGCUCGUCUGUCGAUCACUUCAGGGUUUCGUCUUUGGCUCCAUCACAUAGUAGAGCUUCGAGAUCACAGUCUUAUCCUCAGCACACCUCGUCUCCGCGACGACCGAAUCUCGUCGAUCGAUCUACGAACCCACGAGCGACUGAUAAUGUCUACUCACCGUCGUCAAUGCCACCUUCUAGGCCUAAGCAUGUUAUUGGAACCCACCGUACUCGACUACCCAGCUCCUCGAAAAUAGAUCGAUCAGACUCGACUCCAGUCUCAGGAAUGACUGCUUCAUCCGGGCAUCGACAGGAGAACCAGAAUAGGGAAUACAGUCCUGCUGGAGAACGAAGGAUACCGACGUCUUCUGACUUGGGAGUGGUUUUGCGGCAUUGCAACGAUACGUUUCAUGAACGACGUCUGGCCACAGGGUCACGUAGAAGGCAUACCGAGGAGACGCAACCAUCAUACCUACAGUCGACCAUGCGGCAGAAUACGAGGGACAUGCAUCAUGCAGCUCAUCGGGGUCCCAAUGUACACUUUGCGGAUCAGUCUCACCAUAGACAGCGUCAGCGUUCUCAUACGCAAUGGGAGCUCGAUGAAGGCCUUCUCCAGAGUCCAUUUCCUUCCGAGGAAAACUACCUGGACCAAGAUGAUCAGACGGGAUAUGACGACGAAAUGGAGCAUGAUACCGAGAACUGGGGAGAGGUUUCAGAAGAGCCCCCGCCGCACAGUCUUGAUGACAUUCCGGUCAUGUGCGAUAACCAUGAAGCUUAUGCCGAAACCGAGGCUGAACUUGUCCAAGACUCUAGACCAGGAAAUGAUACCGUAGCUCCUGGAUUCUGGCGGCCAAAUAAGCUGUACUGA